UCAUGUCAACAGUCAAGUAGUGUAGAAGUGUUCGUGAUAAUCGAUGAAUAGAAUAGGUUUUAUUGGGUUAUUAAAUCUCUUCGUGCGUGUGCAAAUGCACGAAGCGUUAGAAAAGUUUAUGUUGAUUUCUUUACAAGCCUAGCAUACACAUCGACACAUACAUGUACACAUGUAACAGUUGGCGGACCUUGUACUUUCACUUUUGGUGGGCUGAUGAGUUCACAAAGUCAUGAAUAGAAUGAAAAAACUGGAUGUUGACCUAGAAUGGCUGAAUGGAAAAAAUUUGUCCAUUGUCGUCCUGGGUUUUGUGUGCCUGAAAACGUCACACUCCAUCUAUAAAUACUACAGGACAAAGUCAAAGGUCAAGGCCAAGAGAGAAGAGUGUCUGGCUGCAUGUGAGAAGUUGGCAGAACAUUUGAAUGAAAAAGGGGUCACAAAAGACAAGAUAGAUGACAUCACAGUCCUGCCAAUCAGUGACCUGGUACACAAACUUCAGACGGGAGAAGUAUUGGCGGUGGAUGUAAUCGAGUGUUACCAAGCUGCUGCCUUGGAAAUCAAUCGCAAAUUGAACUGUGUGGUGGAACCAAUAUGGGAGGCUGAGGAGGUGGCCCUCAUGAGGGAUCAGAAGACCGGGUCAAAGGGCCUGCUUCAUGGGAUACCUGUCAGUAUAAAGGAAAACUACUACAUCAAGGGAUAUGACUGCACUGCAGGAAUGCAGAAGUGUAUAGGAGAACCCGUCUCAGAAGAUGCGGUGAUUGUCAAGGUUCUUAAGAAGCAGGGAGCUGUCCCCUUCGUUCGUACCAAUGUUCCUCAAACUAUGAUGACAUUUGAGUGUUCAAAUCCAAUAUAUGGCAGAACUCUUAAUCCGUAUGAUGAAGAUCGAGGCCCUGGUGGUUCAUCCGGAGGGGAAGGAGCCCUGAUAGCUGCAGGGGGAUCCAUUUUAGGGAUUGGCACCGAUAUAGGAGGUAGCAUCAGGAUUCCAGCCAACAUGUGUGGUAUAUGUGGGUUGAAACCAACAGCAGGAAGAAUCAGUUCAGGCGGUACUCACAAACUAACGAAAGGGCAAACCUUAGUACGGACAUCAGCUGGUGUGCUAUCCAGAGAUGUUGAUGGUGUUGUCAUGGCAAUGAGGGCUUUGUUAUGUCAGUAUAUGUUUGAACUCGACCCCACAGUCCCUCCAGUGCCAUUUAGAGAGGAAAUGUAUAAUGACAAGAGGCCCCUGAGGAUUGGCUUUUAUUUGGAUGAUGGCUACAUUCCUUCAGUUCCAUCAAUGCACCGAGCAGUAGAGAAAACAAAGGAGGCACUGGAAGCUCGGGGACAUACAAUGAUUCCAAUGCAACCACUGGAUGCAAAGCGAAUGUUAAGGCUCUUUUUGGACACCGUGGGAGCAGACGGCACUAGGACAUACCUUGUUAACAUGAAGGAUGACAUAUAUGACUCCACAGUUCGUCGGUUUUUCUACACCUCCCAUCUUCCAACAGCAGCACAAAAGUUAAUAGCGGGGAUAAUGUCUGUUGUUUCUAGGGAUGAUAUGGCAGGAUACAUGAUUCGAGCUCUCUCAGGGAUCAGGUCAGUGUAUGAUUAUUGGAACCACGCAGUGGACAUUGAAGACUAUAAGGAUGAGACUUUGGCCCUAUGGAGGACCCUGGGCAUUGAUGCUGUUGUUUGCCCGGGCUUCGCUUUCCCUGCUGUCCCACACAAUUCGUUUGGAGAUUUAGUUGGUGGGUGUGUUUACUCAACUAUGUACAACGUACUGAACUACCCUGCAGGAGUUGUUCCGGUUACCAAAGUAACAGAACAAGAUAUUAAGGAUAUGGCUAAUUACCCCCAAAAGACAAUGUUUGAGAGGAAUAUAAAAAAGAUGAUGUUGGGUGGUACAGUAGGGUUGUCCUGUGGAGUGCAGUGUGUCGCCCUGCCAUACAAGGAGGAACUGGUGCUGCGCCUGAUGAAAGAAAUUGAGCAUGGGGUCAAGGAAGAGAAUUAAGAAAGACAUGUACAAGGGAGAUAAUUAAGAAAGGCGUGGAGAGAAUUGAGAAAGGUGUUUUUUCACCAGAUGAAUUAAGGUUGAUAAAUUGUGUAGCAAAGUAGGCAUAAAUGUGUGUUAGUUUAAAUUUCAUGUAUGUAAAACUUUAAGUUGUACAUCAAGGGCAGCCAAUGUAAACUCAGAUUGCAAUAUUUAAUUCACUGAGACAAUCACAUCUUAAAGGAGUAUGAACAAGAUUUUGGUAAAAAGAAAUUACUUGGAUAUUAAUUGCAAUAUUAUAGUACAUUUAUUUGAUAUGCGUGAAACAUAGCAACAAAUCAUGACACAGAGAUGCAAGGGUAGUUGCUAAAACGCGGAACGGAAAAUGAAAUGGAAGACGGUAUGGAAAACGGAAAAUAUUGUAUGCAAUAAUGUUAUGAGGAGGUCAGCAUUUUGCAAAAUAAAAGGUUUAUCAUGAACAAGGGAAGCAGAAAUUAGAGAAAACGGGAAGCCAUCCACACAAUCCACCGGUUCUCUAUUUUGUGUUGCUUAUAGGAGUUAUGAGAUUGAUCACUGUUUGUUGUCUUCACCUUUCAUACUUCAUACUAAUCAUUAGCUUACCAUGAAAAAUAUCAAUAUAAAAAAAAAAUAACCGUACUGAGAAAGACUUGAAUUUUCAAAUUUCACAUCCAAUGAAUAACCUCCUUGUAAAUGUGCGUUAAUGACGUUUUGCCACGGGCGGCAUAUAAAGUAUGUGUGUUCUUUCCAUUCUCUACUCAUAGGUGUCGCUGCUCACUAACACAUCUGUCAAUGCCGACAUUUCAAAAUUCUUAUUAAAACGCUUUGUAAAUUCUUAUGCAAACGUUGAACUUCGCUUAGUCAAUUUAUGGUGCAGAAAUUUAAGAUGAAAUUGUGUUACGGCUUGUAAACAAUUUCAAAAAUUUUUUAUUUUAAUCAUAAAGUAUUUUCUUCUGAAUUUCAGUGUAAUUAUUGAAUUCUUUUCCAAUUUGCGUUCCGUCUUCCGUUCCGUUUUCCAUUCCGCAUUUUAGCAACACCCAGAUGCAAGGCAUGAGCCCUGGUUAUCUUUACAUGUUAAUACACAGAAAUACAAGGCAUGAGCCCAGGUUAUCUUUACAUGUUAAUACACAGAAAUACAAGGCAUGAGCCCAGGUUAUCUUUACAUGUUAAUACACAGAAAUACAAGGCAUGAGCCCAGGUUAUCUUUACAUGUUAAUACACACAAGGCAUGAGCCCAGGUUAUCUUUACAUGUUAAUACACAGAAAUACAAGGCAUGAGCCCUGGUUAUCUUUACACGUUAAUACACAGAAAUACAAGGCAUGAGCCCUGGUUAUGUUUACAUGUUAAUACACAGAAAUACAAGGCAUGAGCCCUGGUUAUGUUUACAUGUUAAUACACAGAAAUACAAGGCAUGAGCCCUGGUUAUCUUUACAUGUUAAUACACAGAAAUACAAGGCAUGAGCCCUGGUUAUCUUUACAUGUUAAUACACACAAGGCAUGAGCCCAGGUUAUCUUUACAUGUUAAUACACACAAGGCAUGAGCCCUGGUUAUGUUUACAUGUUAAUACACAGAAAUACAAGGCAUGAGCCCAGGUUAUCUUUACAUGUUAAUACACAGAAAUACAAGGCAUGAGCCCAGGUUAUCUUUACAUGUUAAUACACACAAGGCAUGAGCCCAGGUUAUCUUUACAUGUUAAUACACAGAAAUACAAGGCAUGAGCCCUGGUUAUGUUUACAUGUUAAUACACAGAAAUACAAGGCAUGAGCCCAGGUUAUCUUUACAUGUUAAUACACACAAGGCAUGAGCCCAGGUUAUCUUUACACGUUAAUACACAGAAAUACAAGGCAUGAGCCCUGGUUAUGUUUACAUGUUAAUACACAGAAAUACAAGGCAUGAGCCCUGGUUAUGUUUACAUGUUAAUACACAGAAAUACAAGGCAUGAGCCCUGGUUAUCUUUACAUGUUAAUACACAGAAAUACAAGGCAUGAGCCCUGGUUAUCUUUACAUGUUAAUACACACAAGGCAUGAGCCCAGGUUAUCUUUACACGUUAAUACACAGAAAUACAAGGCAUGAGCCCUGGUUAUCUUUACAUGUUAAUACACAGAAAUACAAGGCAUGAGCCCUGGUUAUGUUUACAUGUUAAUACACAGAAAUACAAGGCAUGAGCCCAGGUUAUCUUUACAUGUUAAUACACAGAAAUACAAGGCAUGAGCCCUGGUUAUGUUUACAUGUUAAUACACAGAAAUACAAGGCAUGAGCCCGGGUUAUCUUUACAUGUUCAUGUGCGACUCAACUAUCAACAUAACACCAAGUUGACAGCUUUGGAGAAACUAUUCAGUUGUUACUUCUUUGUGCUUGCUCCCUAAAUUGAUUGAGCAAUAAUUCAUGUUGAAAUGUUGCAUGCUGUUGACCUACAUUUUAGAAAUUUUGCAUGCUGUUGACCUACAUUUUAGAAAUUUUGCAUGCUGUUGACCUACUUUUUAGAAAUCUUGGUGUUUUCAUUAUACAUAUAUGUACAUGGUAUACUAAGCUGCAAUAAUGCAACCCUCUCUGACUUUUUAAAAUUACUUGGGGGGGGGGGGGUAAAAACCCUCUUCCGAAAAUGUCAGAAUAUUAAAAAAAAUUGAAGAGGGCUACAUUAUUGCAGCUGGUGGAUAACAAGCGCUUGUUUACAUUCCUAUCAAAUGUGUGAGCAUAAACACAUUUAGAUUAACAUGGUGGCUUACAAACACAUGUAGAUUAACAUGGUGACUUACAAACACAUGUAGAUUAACAUGGUGACUUACAAACACAUGUAGAUUAACAUGCUGGCUUACACAAUUAGGUGGCUGGGUUUUAAGUAAAUACAAAGUGUAUCCUGUGUAAAAAUAAUUUUAAUUUACUUGUUUAUAAAUUUAAAGAUCUCUAUUUCAGAACUAUAACUAAAAAACCGUCAAUUUCAAUCAAUCAAAAAUCCUGUCCAUGCUCCUUUAAUGCUGAUAUUAAUUCAUAUUAUUAAUUGUUCAAUAAGUUAUCAUUACAUUUGUAUGUAAUGAUUUUUUUAUGCUCAUGUUAUUGGAGAUUCUGGGGCAUAUCGUUUUUGGUCUGUCUUUAUACCCCCCCGCAACAAGUUGUGUGUGUGUGUGGGGGGGGGGGGGGGGGGGGGGGGUAUACUGGAAUCGGGUUGUCCGUCCGUCUGUCCGUCCAUCCGUCUGUAGACGCAAUGAUUUCCGGGCUCUAAAGCAUUAUCCUUUCUACCUACCGUCACCAUAUCAUAUAUAUGGACUACCUAUGGGAUGAAGAUGUUCCCUAUCGAUUUUGGGGUCAAAAGGUCAAAGGUGAAGUGCACUGGACAUCGAAGUAGCAAUAUGGUUUCCGGGCUCUAAAGCGUUAUCCUUUCCACCUACAGUCACCAUAUCAUACAUAAUUAUGGACUACCCAUGGGAUGAAGAUGUUCCCUAUUGAUUUUGGGGUCAAAGGUCAAGCGCACUGGACAUCGAAGUAGCAAUAUGGUUUCCAGGCUCUAAAGCGUUAUCCUAUCCACCUACAGUCACCAUAUCAUACAUAUGGACUACCCAUGGGAUGAAGAUGUUCCCUAUCGAUUUUGGGGUCAAAAGGUCAAAGGUCACGCGCACUGGACAUCGAAGUAGCAAUAUGGUUCGGUUUGUCAUGCCUUUUUUUUUAUUUACACUCAGAAAAGAGGUAGUUUAUACCUAUUACCAACACCCUUUGGGAGAUUGGGGUAAGCGGGGGGUAUUCUUAGUGAGCAUUGCUCACAGUACCUCUUGUUUUAUCUGUAAAAACUUUAACCUUGGCCAUAACGUUUAAAUGAAUGGUGAUAGGGCUUACAUAUUCCAAAUCUGUAUUCCUUGUGACAAGAUCUUUCUUUGGGUACCAAAGUCUUAAUUUCUUGACCUUGGGAUUUGAUCUACUAUUGAAAAACUUUAACCUUGACCAUUAUAAACUUUUUUGCCAUACAGGGGCAUCAGUAUUUCACAAACACAUCUUGUUGAUAAAUGUAUUAUAUUAUUUAUUGAUUGUUAUUAAUUUAUGAGAGAGGCAACACAAUGUGAGUUGCAUCUUAUAUACAUGUAAUGCAAACAAAGAUUUCUAUCUCAAUCAUAUAAAAUAAUGUGCUAAUAAUUUUAAUGAAUUUUAAAUGCUAAUUAACUGUAGGACUUCUUAAUAAUUGAUAGUUUCAUUUCCAAAUAAUUUUAGGUCACCUGAGUCACUGAGGUGACCUCCUCUCUUAGUCUGGGUGUGUUGUCCAUUGCAUGUUAAUGAUUAAAGAUUUCUUCAUAGCUACCAUUCCAAUUCUUGUCAAAUUUGGUAUGAAGCAUCUUUGGGACAACAGGCACAUGUCAAGUAGUUUUCUUUCUUUUUUACAUUAAUCUUUCAAUUUAUAACUUUUAAUUAAACAUGUGUCCCCAUAUCUCCAAAUGCUUGUGGAGUAAUAUCCUGGAACCACAAUUACACUAGUAGAUUUAAAAUUUCUUUUCAUGCACAUUGUUUUGUGCUUUAAGGCAGUAUAGUGUAUGUGUUUUAUUCUCCUUGCAUUGCUUUGUCAUAAGUAAUCAGAUCAUUGAAUAAUAUGACACUUAUUUACUGUUAUACCAAGAAAUUUCACAUUAAAAAUUCAGGGAC